UUGUGUUUAGGCUCCUGUUAUUGUGAAGAUCACGUACAAUACACGUCACUGCGUUUGCCAGUAAAGGAGAAACAUUAUAAGAAUAUCUGACAAAUUCUCUUGCUGAACAAGACAAUGUCUGACAAGACCAAGAACCAAACCUCAGACCUUCCAGAUGUACACAGAGAUGAAGAUUACUCUGAUGUAGUGAAAGAUGAGAUAACAGAAGAUCUGUGUUUGACGUGUCAGGUGGGAGACCCAGAUGAGGAAACCAGUGACAGUAUCAGCUCAGAUGAAGAUAACGCUGAUGUAGUGACAUUUGUCAUAACAGAAGAUCUAUGUGGGAGGCAACAGCUGGGAGCAACAGAUGAGGAGACCAGAGACAUCAUUAGACAAGAUGAAGAUAAAGCUGAUAUAGUGAAAGCUGAGAUAACAGAAGAUCUGUGUGUGAGGCAACAGCUGGAAUCACCAGAUGAGGAGACCAGAGACAUAAUCAAACGAGAGGCAGAUAACGCUGAUGUAGUGAAAGUUGAGAUAAAAGAAGAUCUGUAUACGUGUGAUCAGGUGAAGACUGAGGAGGAUGAAGUUCCUAUAAAUACGACUACAGGUGAAUUUAAAAACUGCAGUAAUCCUAGUCAUGGUGAACAUACCGAUACUUUGGUCAAUCUUCUUCAAAAUCAAAGAAGCCGUGUUGAAAAUGUAUGCUCUGAAUAUCGGGAAGGUUUUACCAGGAAAUCAAAUAUUUUAAGACCUCAGAAAAGUCAUACAGGGAAGAAAGCAAUUUCAUGUUCUGACUGCGGAAAAUGUUUUACUGAGAGAUCAAAUCUUAUUAGACAUCAGAAAAUUCAUUCAGGACAGAAAGCAUUUUUAUGUACUAAUUGUGGGAAAUGUUUUGCUGAGAAAGCAAAUCUUAUUAAGCAUGAGAAAAUUCAUACAGGAGAGAAAGCAUUUUCGUGUUCUAAUUGUGGGAAAUGUUUUACUGAGAAAUCAACUCUUGUUAAGCAUCAGAAAAUUCAUACAGGAGAGAAAGCAUAUUUAUGUUCUGAAUGUGGGAAAUGUUUUGCUCAGAAGCCACAUCUUAUUUCGCAUCAGAAAACUCAUACAGGAGAAAAAGCAUUUUCAUGUUUUGAAUGUAGGAAAUGUUUUGCUAGGAAAGCAACUCUUAUUAAGCAUCAGACAACUCAUACAGGAGAGAAAGCAUUUUCAUGUUCUGAAUGUGGAAAAUGUUUUACUCAGAAAGAAACUCUUAAAAGGCAUAAGAAAAUUCAUACAGGCGAAAAAGAAUUUCUGUGUUCUCAAUGUGGGAAAUGUGAUUCUCGGAAAACCGAUCUUAAUAAUCAUGAGAAAAUUCAUAUUAAAAGAAAUCUGGAAGAUCAGAGCAUGACUUCUUAAAGGGACAGUGUACACUAAUAAUUCCCCCCCUUUAAUGUUUUCCCAAUUAUCCAUUUUACCUACUUGAGUGUUUUAAAUUUUGUACAAAUAGCUUUUAUCCUUUCUUUUCUUGUUUGAAAUAGCUGAUUUUGCCUAUCGUUUUCCCUCCUAUACUAAACAUUUCUGAACUUAAAGGGACAGUGUACACCAAUUUUCACAUAACUGCAUGUAAUAGACACUAUUAUAAAGAAUAAUAUGUACAGAUACUGAUAUAAAAAUCCAGUAUAAAACCUACUUCGAAGCUCCCAGUUUAGCUCUGUUGAAAAGGUUAGCUGGAACACCCACUGAAAGUGGUUGUAUACCAACAAGAGAAGACACUCCCCCUUUCUCUCCAUAUGAAAAGACUCUUUACACAAACAGGAGCAAGCUGGAGUAGGUAGACAUCAGUAUACUUCUAAAACAUUGCGCUUUGUUAGGAGUCUGAAAAUCAGUGCAAUGUUAUUUAAAAAUAAGCAAAACUAUACUAUUAAAAAAAAACUGUAUAUGCUAUAUAAAUAGAUCAUAUACAAAGCAUUUAUGCAAAGAAAAAUCUAGUGUAUAAUGUCCCUUUAAGAUCUGGUUAUAAAGAAACAUGUAAACAAAAAGGUUUAGAUAAAAUAAUGCACUCAGUUUGUGUCUAUGAUAGAGACAUUAAAAUGUUAAUUCUUCAUUGUUUUCUUUACGUACUGGCCUUUGGGUAAACAAUAAAAAAAGAUAAAAAGGGCUUGUGUAAAUAAUUAGACAGAUAAUAAGGUUUGCUUUCCCUGCU